GUCAAAACUACAAUAGCAAAAACAUGACUUCUGAAACUAAAAGACAAAAGAAACAAAGAAAGCCAUUGAUCAUCAAUGCAUUUGAUAUGGGCUGUCCAGGGCUUCAGACCCCAGGUCUUUGGAAACAUCCUGAUGAUAAGUCUAGAGAUUACAAUACUAUUGAGUAUUGGACCAAUUUAGCCAAAUUACUUGAAAAGGGUAAAUUCAACGCUUUAUUCAUUGCAGAUGUCUUGGGUCCAUAUGAUGUGUACAAUGGUCCUGCAAAUUUAACUGCUGCAGCUAAAUCAGGAGCACAAUGGCCCAUUAAUGAACCUACCGCUGUCAUUUCUGCCAUGGCGGCCGUCACCAAGAACUUGUCUUUUGCGGUUACUGCUAGUACAAUCAGUGAAGCACCAUAUCAUUGGGUCAGAAGAUUAGCUACUUUGGACCAUUUAACCAAGGGUAGAAUUGGAUGGAACAUAGUUUCUGGUUAUUUAGACAGUGCUGCCAGAAACUUGUUAAAUGGAGAACCAUUGCCAGAACAUGAUGCCAGAUAUGACCGUGCUCAAGAAUAUUUGGAAGUCGUUUAUCAAUUAUUCUUGUCAUCAUGGGCAGAUGAUGCUGUUGUAUUAGACAAGAAGAGAGGAAUCUUUUCUGAUCCUGAAAGAAUUAGAGAAAUUAACUACAAAGGAGAAUUCUUCGAUGUGCCUGGUCCUAACAUUACCGAACCCACCCCACAAAGAUUACCAGUUAUAUUACAGGCAGGUUCCUCGAGUAAAGGUAUGAAGUAUGCUGCUCAGAAUGCGGAAGCUGUAUUCAUCACUGGUAUGACUCCAGAAGGAUUGGGUUACAAGAUCAAGCAGUUGAAGGAAGAAGUUAAAAAGGCAGGUAGAGAUCCAGCAACGGUGAAAACAGUACAAUUAGUCACUGUUAUUGUCGCUCCAACCCAUGAAGAGGCCGUGGCCAAAUUCAAAGAAUACAAGGAAUUAAGUGAUAUUGAAGGUGCUCAAGCUUUGUUUGGUGGUUGGACCGGGAUUGAUUUAGCCAAGUAUGGAUGGGAUGAAGAAUUAGACAAGAUUGAAGGUAAUGCCAUUAGAAGUAUGGUUGAAACAUGGACCAAACCAUUUCCAGGAGAUCCAGAAAAUCUUAAAAAGACUCGUGGUUAUAUUGCUGACAGAAUUUGUAUUGGUGGUUCAGGUGUUUUGUUUCUUGGUACUCCUCAAGAAGUUGCUGAUGAAAUUGAAGAAUGGGUCGACGUUUCUGGUGUUGAUGGGUUUAAUUUCACUUAUGCUAUUACCCCAGGCUCUUUUGAAGAUAUUGUUGAAUUAUUAAUGCCAGAAUUAAGAAGAAGAGGAUUAGCUUGGGAAGAUUAUCCUAAAGAAGGACUUACCUUCAGAGAAAAUCUUUAUGGUUUAGAUAGGGAGGAACCAACUUAUCUUCCAAAAGACCAUCCGGCUUAUAAUUUGAGAUGGAAAGCUGGAGAAUCCAAGGAAGAAUUCGAAGCAAAGUUGAAGAAGACAUUGGAAGAACAUUUCAAGAAGUCCAAUUAA